AUGUUCAGAUCUUUAAUAAGCGGUAUAAAGGUGGUUAAACCUGCAUUACUGUCCACGAACUACGUUUCUAGCAUAAAGCAAAACGUCGGUAUUCAAACUUCCCUUAUUCCACAAGCCUUCAACUACCAGAAAAGGUAUGCCACCUUAAACCAGAUUAAGAGUGGAAAACAAGGCAUACCAAAUAAACCAUAUAUUCCAGGAGCUCCUCACUUACAGGGAAACCCAUUCAAGAAAGGGGUUGUGUUGAGAGUGAUGAUUGUGAAACCAAAGAAACCUAACUCGGCUCAAAGAAAAUGUUGCAGAGUAAGAUUGACUAAUGGGAAUGUUAUUACAGCUUUAAUACCGGGAGAAGGACAUAAUUUACAAGAGCAUCAUGUUGUGUUGGUGAGAGGCGGAAAGGUUCAAGAUUUACCAGGAGUGAACUAUAAGCUUGUGAGAGGAGCAUACGAUUUAAAUGGUGUAGCGAAUAGGGCUACUUCUAGAUCAAAGUAUGGAGUAAAGAAACCUCAACAGUGA